AUGGCCCAGGUCGCCGGCGCUCUGCGGUGCGCCUCACAGUCGGAUGAGCUGCCGUGGAUGGCAAAGGCCUACUUUCGAAGGGGACUGGCAAAGGAGAAGCUCAAGUAUCUGACAGAUGCCAUCGCCGACUUCGAGGCGGCCGCCGAGCUUGAGCCCACGGACGCCACGAUCGCCAAGCAGCUGCAUGCGGCCAGGGCCCGCAAGCACAAGGCGGAACUGAAGCCCACACAGAUGUUUGCCGGCAUCCUCCAACGCGAGCGGGCGGAGCGUGAACGCGAGGAGGCUGCUGCCGACCUGGCGGCGAGAAAACAACGCCGCGAGGAGCGCCUGCAACGUGAGGCCGCCCUGCGCGAGGCGGACAAGGCCACGGAGGUCGACACGUAG